GGCACAAUAUCUCCCUGUUCCCUCUCUAUCAAUUUUGAUACUAAUUCUCCUCCCAUUGGGAUGCUCCUCCCAAGAAAAUUUCAGCUUCCGGGUCAGCCUCUCACGCAUCGACACCAACCAAAAUCUUUCCGACAUACAAAUCAUCCAACAAGAACUCCUCCGUGGGAAAAUGCGGGUCGAUAGGCUGGGCCUUGCAGUACGAACAAAAGCUUUUCAAGCGCCGAUUCUAGGUGGAGAUGGAGCCUUCUUGAUGAACUUGUCGAUAGGGACCCCGCCAAUACCUUUCCGCGCCAUAAUGGACACGGGCAGUGACUUGAUCUGGACGCAAUGCAAGCCAUGUAGGCGCUGUUUCAAGCAACCAACGCCUGUUUUUGACCCGGCGCUAUCAUCUUCGUUUAAGAAUGUUUCAUGCGAUAGUCUGUUGUGCAAGGAUUUUGUCAACUCAAAGUGUGGGAAUGAAUCAUGUCAGUACAAUAAUGUUUAUGGUGAUGAAUCGACCACAGAAGGGUUUAUUGCAACAGACACUUUCACCUUUGGAGACUCGCACCACCAUGUUCCCGUGCCAAAUAUAGGAUUUGGGUGUGGUGUCGACAACGAGGGGGUGGGACUUGACCACGCCGCGGGGAUAUUGGGCCUCGGGCGAGGACCUACUUCCCUUGUUGCACAGCUCAAUGUGCAGACAUUCUCGUACUGUUUAACAUCCAUUACUGCCAAAAAGAAAAGUAGCCUUUUCUUUGGGUCUCUAAAAGAUUUGAAAAUCACACAUGGGCAGCGGCUCAAAUCCACCCCAUUGAUUAAAAACCCAUCGCAGCCAUUGUUUUACUACCUAUCUCUUGAAGCCAUCACCGUCGGCGAUGCUCUCUUGCCCAUACCAAGACAAGUGUUCGAAAUAGUCGACGGAGUGGGCGGCAUGAUCAUUGAUUCCGGAACCACAAUCACUAGCUUACAAGAGGAUGCAUUUAGCAUUCUAACGCAAGAGUUUCUGGCACAGGCGAAACUAAAUGUGUCGAGUUUCUCCACAAUGGGUUUGGAUGUUUGCUUUGAAGUUAACUCAGGAGAUGAUGAGGAACUUAAGGCAGGCAUCCCUCGAAUGGUUUUUCAUUUCAAGGGGUUAGAUUUGGAGCUGCCACGGGAGAAUUAUAUGAUAGUGACUAAGGAAAUGGGAGUGGCAUGCUUGGCAAUGGCUCCGACGGGUGCUUUGUCAAUAUUCGGCAACUUUCAGCAGCAAAAUAUGCUGGUUGUUCAUGAUCUCAAGAAGGAUACUGUGUCUUUUAUUCCUGCCAAAUGUGAUCAGUUGUAGGUGCCUUGGUGAGUCAACUUUUCCUAGCACAUCAACAGGGUCUAAGUUUUUAAGAGGAAACUUAGAGAGAAAUUUUCUCUACACAUUAUUAUGAGUCCAAAAUAUUUGUGGACUCCGUUUUUGAUAAGUUGGAAGUCACUUGUAUUGCAUCAAAAAUGUGCGCAAGCAAAUUGAUGCGACACAAACAAAAAAAGAAGUGCCUUGUGAGACACGUAUAGUUAUCUUCCUUCUAGUCCGACAUCAAUAAAUCCAACUAAUUUUUUGGCUCAACGUGUAAUAUCAAAGUC